UGGAACAUGAACGGAACACAUUACCUAAUAAGUCUCGGUGGCUAUAUAGAUGUGGAUAAGUACAGAUAUGUCUACUUUGUGAUCUUGUUGAUACUAUAUGUUGUCAUCCUCUGCUGUAAUUGCACCAUUAUUUGCCUCAUCUGGAUUCACAGGAACCUUCAUGAACCAAUGUAUAUUUUCAUUGCAGCUUUGUCUCUCAACUCGAUUUUCUUCAGCACUGCUAUUUACCCCAAAUUCAUUGUGGACGUUUUGUCUCACAGGCAGAGUGUUUCUCACGCAGCUUGUAUGUUGCAGUAUUUAAUAAUUUAUUCGCUAGGAGCUUCAGACUUCUUGCUGUUGGCAGCCAUGGCUUAUGACAGGUAUGUGUCCAUUUGUAAGCCUCUGCAUUAUACAUCUGUGAUGACCACAACCAAUGUCACCAUCUUUUUGGUCUUGGCCUGGUGUUUGCCUGCCUGCCAAGUAUUAGUGGCAACUGUCAUCAGUGCGAAGCAAAAAAUGUGUCACUUCAUGUUAGCGGGAGUCUUUUGCAAUAAUUUGAUCCAGAAACUUUUUUGUGUGAAACCAAUGUUUCUAACUGUGUGGGGUUUAUUUAUUUUGACAAAUAUCACUAUCAUCCCUGUGCUGUUUAUCCUCUUCACAUACAUAAAGAUAUUUAUGUUGGCCUAUCGCAGUUGCGGAAAAGUCCGGAGAAAAGCAACAGAGACAUGUUUACCCCACCUGAUGGUUUUGAUCAGCUUCUCAAUUUUGGUUUGUUUUGAUGUCAUCAUAGCGCGAUUGGAGUCAAAUCUUUCAAAACCUGUGCAACUGAUUAUUACUCUUCAAAUAGUGGUCUACAAUCCUCUGUUCAAUCCCAUCAUAUAUGGCGUGAAGAUGAAAGAAAUCUGUAAACACAUCAAGAGGCUGUUGUUAUUGUUUGGACGAUAUACAGUAAGACAAAUGUCUUUGUCAAAGUAG